UGAAUGGUUUCCGUGUGCAGCCGAUCCAAGCAUCCUGCAUUUUUAUAGGGCACACGUUAAACAAACUGUUCCCUCCAAUCAACGUCAUCGUGCAUUUAUUUCACUCUGGCUUGCGUUGCCCGAAACCUGAUGCCUUUACAAGAAAUGAAAAAUGUCUCGACCACCCAAUCUUCUCCUCUUCUCUUGUAUCUGAAGCCAGCUGCGGUGGUUAGCUGUUACCCUUGUUACCUGUGAGAUGGACGAGGAAGACCAGCUUGUUCUGUUUUCCCAACCCUCGAGCUCCGAGAUCGAAGACAGCCACCCCGGAACCGACGAUGCCGACGGAGGCAACGGCGCCGCCGCCUCCUGCUCAUCGAAGUCACCGGCGCAUUUCGCAGGCCGGAAAUCUAUGCUUAACCGCUCCAAGACCGCUCCGACCAUGGACAGCCUGCGAAACCCAUGCUCUGAAGUCAACGAUGCUUACUCCAAGAAGCAGCCGAGGUUCGGCCCCUCCAUUGCUGUCCUCAAAUACGCUGCCGCUUUACUCCUUCUUUACCUGUCUCUUGGCGUGCUCAUCUAUUCUACCAAUUCCGACGGCUACUCUGGUACAGAAACUCAUCCCACUGUCGACGCCCUCUACUUCUGCAUCGUCACUCUCUGCACCAUCGGCUACGGCGACAUCGCUCCCCUCACCCCGAUGACGAAAGCCAUCUCGUGCAUUUUCGUCCUCGUCGGCUUCGGCAUCCUCGACGUGCUCCUCUCUGCUGCCGUAUCCUAUCUCCUCGAUCUCCAAGAGAGCCUCAUUCUAGCCGCUGGCGCACGUGGCGAGGUUGCCUAUGCUUUCGACGCCGAGAAGGGGCGAAUGAGGAUUCGGAUGAAGGUGGGGAUAGCGGUCGGGGUAGUAGUUCUGUGUGUUGGGAUGGGGACGGUGGCGCUGCACUGGGUAGAGCAUUUGGAUUUGAUUGAUUCGUUUUAUUUGGCGGUGAUGUCGGUGACAACAGUGGGUUAUGGAGAUAGAGCGUUCAGGACUUUGAAGGGGAGGGUUUUUGCUUCCUUCUGGCUUCUAGUCUCGACCCUGGCAGUGGCGAGGGCUUUCUUGUAUUUGGUGGAGGCCAGAAUCGACAGGAGGAACCGAAGAAUCGCAAAGUUGGUGCUACAGAAGGGCUUGACGGUGGAGGACUUGAUUGCUGCUGAUAUCAAUCAUAAUGGAUUCAUCAGCAAAUCAGAGUUUGUAAUAUACAAGUUGAAGGAGAUUGGAAUGAUCGAAGAGAAAGAUAUACUGCUGAUCAUUAAUCAGUUUAACAAGCUUGAUCCUAACGAUACAGGCAAAAUAAUACGCCCAGAUUUAUUGUGAAAAGUUGAUGGAAAUGUAAAAAUGUUCGUGCUAAUGCAUUUUCAUUGGCCCCAUCCUCGCCGUGGAA